AUGGUUCCUUGUCCAACUCAAGAAUUCUUCUCUCCCAGAACCAUCCUUCCACCGUCCAAAUAUUCGGAUCAUUAUGCUUUAAUGUUCCUUAUCGGGAUAAUCAUAAUCGUCAGUGAAGUUCUAUUCUUCUCGAUUCAUUGUUUUCUUUACCUUUUUAAUGAAAACACCAAUAUAUCAAAAAACACGAGAAAAAUGCAAAAGAAAUUCAUGAUAACAAUCACAAUUCAAAUAGCAGGUCCAUUCGUAGUUUGUGUUAUGCCAAUGUUAUAUGUAGUCAUUUCAAUUAUGAUAUCAUAUUAUAAUCAAGUACUCAAUAAUAUGGUUUAUGUGCUCAUCGCUCAUCAUGGAUUCCUUAACACUAUUUUCAUGAUUGUUUUAUUCGCUCCUUAUCGGGAAUAUACAAAAUCGUUAAUAUGCAUGAAAAAGAUAAAAAGCACAACUGUUUCUGUUCAUAUCACUGAAACGAACCAUGCUUGA